GAACUUCCCACAACCCAUUAGCUCUUAGCAUUUGCUUUACAACCUAUUUGUCAGAAAAAUCUCCCAAUUCCUUCCGUCUCUUCUUCUACAAUUCUAUUGCUUUCUCUCUUUAUAAACAAUACUAGUCUUCUGUUCUUGUUCUUAGUUUGUUUCUUGAAUCACAUACUAGUAAUUUAUCACUAAAGAUUAGUCAUGGGUCUCGUUCAAAGAGUUGUGUUUUGCAUGGUUUUGGCUGUUUUAUGUGUUGCUUCUUCAAUGGCUGAAGUUUACAAGAUUGGUGAUGACAAUGGAUGGACAGCUCAAAACAUGCCUGAUUACAAAAAAUGGUCUGCUUCCAAGACCUUCAAAAUCGGUGAUUCUAUCGUUUUUGAGUACUCGCCAAAGGAUAACAAUGUGGUUCAAGUGAUGAGUUAUGAUGACUACAAGAAAUGCAACGGUUCAUCACCAUUGAAAACCUUCACCUCUGGCAAAGAUACAAUUCCAAUUAAGCACAAGGAACACCUUUUCUUCAUUUCUGGAUUUCCUGACAACUGUAAAAAGGGACAGAAGGUUGAUAUUAGAGUUCUUGAUACCUCUGUAGCUCCAACUCCACCUUCAGCACAAGGACCUUCUUCUUCCGCUCCUGCACCUUCACCAUCAGUCAGUGUUCCAGCUCCUUCACCAAACAGUGCUAUGUCUAUUUCUAAGGGUAUUACUAGACAGUUCGGGUUUGUUAUUCUUGCAGUAGUAGCUGCUGUUGCUUACUAGGUUGGUUUGCUUUAAAAUUGUUUUUCAAUGGAAUUAUUGGUUAGUAUGGAGAUUGUUUUUACGGAUUUUACGUUCUAGUGUCUAGUGUUUCUACUGAUUUUACUUUUUACGGAUGUUAGCAUGUGCAAGCAAGUGGAUCAAUUUUAUGGAUGCUAUUAUGAUUAUUUGAAGAAAUGCUAAAUUCCAUAGAAUUUUAUUUAAUUAUGCCACUGAAGCUAAA